UUCUGUUAUCAUUCGACCCGUUUCAAAGUUCACUUAUCGCAUAAUUACGGUCCCCGAAAACGGGCAAUAUGCUGCGCACCUUUGGUGGAACAGCUAAGCGUUUGACAAUGGAUCGUAACCUUUGCAGUGGUACCGGAGUUGCGGCCAAGAGACUUACCGGCAAGGUGGCCGUUGUAACGGCAUCGACGGAAGGCAUCGGUUUCGCCAUCGCAGAACGACUCGGCCAGGAAGGUGCGAAGGUAGUAAUUAGUAGCCGGAAGCAGGGGAAUGUGGACAGCGCUCUCAGCAAGCUGCAGAAACCGGGGCUCGAGGUUACCGGAAUCAAAUGCCAUGUGGCGAAUGCAGCCGAUCGCCAGGCACUGUUUGAUCACGCGGCCAAGAAGUAUGGGGGCAUUGACAUUCUCGUGUCGAACGCUGCCGUUAACCCGGAAGUUGGUGGCUUGCUAGACUGCAGCGAGUCGGCUUGGGACAAAAUAUUCGAAGUGAACGUAAAGUGCUCCUACCUGUUGGCCAAGGAGGUGUUGCCGUACAUCCGGCAGCGGAAGGGUGGCAGCAUUGUGUUCAUCUCGUCGAUUGCCGGCUUCCAACCAUUCCAGCUGCUGGGUGCUUACUCGGUCAGCAAGACAGCACUGCUCGGGCUAACGAAAGCCGCCAGUCAAGAUUUGGCCGCGGAGAACAUCCGUGUCAAUUGUAUUGCACCGGGUGUGGUUGAAACCAAAUUCGCCGGUGCGCUACAAGAAUCCGACGCCGCUAAAGAAGCAACCCUUUCCCGGAUUCCGAUGGGAAGAAUCGCUCAACCCAGGGAGAUUUCGGGAGUUUGCGCAUUUCUCGUUUCGGAUGACGCGAGUUACAUCACCGGUGAAUCGAUCGUAGCUUCCGGUGGCAUGCCUUCUCGAUUGUAAACUGUUGAAUGAUUCAUGGAAUCAAAUCACCUCUUAAACGGUACUUGUUUCGAGGGCAGGGUUUUUUUAUUUGAUCGUUGACGGCCGAGCCGUUCAGGGGUAAAUGUAUUCACACUCGUUCGAUGUUGCAAUAAAAGUCAAACAAUUAUCCAA